UUCAAAGGGCUGGAUCCAUUGCAAGCAAUAUGUUUCGAAAAGCGAAACAAGGGCCACCGCUCCGUCCUGACGAUGUAGGCAUGUUCUCUGUCGGUUUCGCGGUUCAGGAAUGUCGAGCAGUGCCUCCAGGGCCGGAUAUCCCAGAAGAAACUGCCAGUGCCGCGAAUCAGCCACGCGGAAACUGCGCGUCCUAUACGCAACUGUCGCGGUCACGUGGGCGCGCAAGGUUUGAUAUAGGCGACGACUUGCUCCCGACCUGCUCCCGAUUGUCGUCGUCCCCCCCCGGCAGCCUCGUCGGUGCAUUCUGCUCCCUGUCUAUCACAUCUACGCCUGACGGCAUUGACGAAACGAUGCCGAAGCAUGCGCUAGAUGCCGAGAAUGCUUCCGUGACCUCGACGCCACAGCCCAAGCGCCCGCGACCUCACACGAGCAGCCCCGAGCGAGAUCUACCAACCAUAUCUUCGCCACUGAGCGCACGCUCCUUAAGCAGCACUCUGUGGACAUAUCCAACACCGUCGGACUCACCAUCGAAUCCGUUCAGUAUGAAACGCUCGCUCGUCGCGCUCACCCUCCCCCAGCCGACCCGUUUUAGCCAACAUCUUGCCCUGCGCUUUCAGCUAGUGUAUGAUGGCCCUAGAAGUAAGGCAGAUAGGACGCUGAAGAACCAGCUUCACAAUGUCUUUCGUAUCGUCCAGGUCCCGAAGAGCUACACUCUGCGCCACAUCCACCAUCUCGUAUUGUUCCUCUUCGCAACUGAUACGUGCUUGGAUGCACCGUUGACAUCCAAGGCACCGACGAAGCGGCAUCGGAGCAAGCGACUUAUUGACAUGAUGAGGGUUGCGGGCGAGGGGCUUGCGGGGAAGGGAGCACGGCGAGAACCAGCAUCGGGUAUAUGGCGGGGAAGAUCUGCUACGCCGGAUUAUUCACUUACCUUACGCCCGGCCGUCAGUUCUGCCGUCCCGGACGGCUGGAUCGGACACGUGUUCGAGGUGCGCAGCGGUAUUCAGUUCUCUGGCUCGAAUGAGCGACCCAAGAUCAAGCCGAACACCGGACGGGUCCGCAAACGGGCGUCGAGCGUACGAGAACGAAUACUGUUCCGAGACCUAUACGAUCAAGAGUACGCUGCGCUGUAUCCAGAGGAAAGCUUUGCUUCCUCGAGUGCCAGCAGCGAUCUGGAUGUUGUGUCGAGCGUGGACGAGACCGGGUUCGAAGAUGACGCCUGCGGGACUGCGGGAUGGAUGUGGGAAGCAGAAGACGACUACACUCUAGAAAAAGUGUGGUGCGGUUCCGUCCAGCUUGGACUGCAGGAAGGCAUCAUAUACCGCCACCUACCAGGUAUCUCAGUACAGAUCACCAUCAACAGGACGAAUGUUCCAGUGCGUAGAGGACGGGGCAACCAGCCUUAUGUUUUCAAGUGGCGCGGCAGCUCGCGAGGCGCGAUCCGCAUAGCACAUGUGGACGCACGUAGAAUGACAUCGGAGGAAAGCAAGGAAAGCAACGGCAACUUGGUAUACCUCACGAGCGAAGCGUUCGAGGACGAAGUGGAGAACGAGGAGGAACGUCUCCAGAAGUGGAACGACCCCAACGCAUUCGCCCGCUUCCUGGAGCGCGAGUCGGUGCGGGAGAUCGCGUCUCGGAAAUCCUCUGCCGCGCCUGCGCUAGGAUUGGAGGACUCACCCAUGCUCCCGGAACAGCUCGAGACGACUAUGUCCCCCUUUUCUCCAUCAUCACCGUUGAUUUCGAGUGAGGCUACGUUGCCCCAGCUCUCUUUCGCCUCUUCCGCCUCGCAGUCGGACUACUCGUCUGUGUCGUCAUACCCAUCCCGCCACUCCUCCUCCCUCUCUCUUUCAGACUUUUUCCUGGCGUCGCUGCCGGAGGUCACGCCUGCCCCGGGAAAUCCUGUGAUCGCGCGUCGUGUGGCGCAGCAGCGUCUUCAUUUCGAGCGGCUCGCGAAGGAUGGACUUCGACCCAUGUUGAUCAACGGGCGGCGUAUCAAGGACGAUGACAGCAAUAACAAUGACGAUGCCGACAACAAGGAUGAGAAGGGAGUCUCUGAUCUCAAGCUGCUUAGAAAGUCGCCGGGCAUUGUGAGAAAUGACGAGGAAGGAGAGGAAGCCAAGGAUUGUAGCCCACUCAAGAGGGGUGCGAGAUACCUGAAACGGGGACGAAUUGAGAAUCGGAACCUGGGCUCUGAGCAAGAAAUAUGAGAUACCCGAGGAUCUAUUGUACUAUGGAAUAGGAAAUAUGUUUUGGAUAGGAUCAUCAUUGUACUACGAAACAGGUAUAGGCGCUUAUACAUGGAAGGUUGCG